GCAAGUUUUCGGGAGACGAGAACGAGCAGAACUCUCUUAUGGUGCUUGCGGUCGCGCGAUUCCACCCGGUCCCGUUCUGCUUCGCGCCGAAGAAGAAAUUUCAUCUCGUGCCAUCGCCGCAGCUGCUGCUGCUGCCAUCGCCUGUGCAGUUGAGGAGGAUUCAGAAGACGCGGGUCGUGUCGAUGUCGUCGGCUCUUCAAGGUGCGAGGUUGGUGCCGCAACCGAAGUCAGAGACGAAGUUCGCGGACCCGAUCGACUCCUACGAUGUGCAUAUUUAUUUCUGGCAGACCGACGAAGCGAACACGGCGCUGGCCAAAGAAUUGCGCCAGGAAUGUAUCGACAAAUUUCCUGAUCUGAAUAUCUACAAGUUCUGGGAUACACCCGUAGGUCCUCAUCCUGUGGCCAUGUUCGAGGUCGAUUUGAAGUCCCCUGAUCAGUUCCUCAGAUUCGUUCCGUGGAUCCAAGUCAACAGGCGUGGAUUGUCGGUUCUGGUGCACCCGAACACUGGCCGUCCUCUGGACGAUCACACCAAGAACGCGAUGUGGAUCGGCGAAAGGGUGCCUCUAAAUCCCGCGUGCCUGCCCGAAACUGAGCCUCUGUAGGUACACUUCAUUCGUUCAUUGGUUCGGUGAACUUCUUCAAAAAUCGUUACACACCAUCGCUACGCUCCACCCAAGAUUGGUCGUCUCGUGAGCUCACUUGGGGCCGCAGCAGCAGCAGCAGCCUUUGCGAAAUGUUCACUUCUUCGGCAAAAGAUCUCACCAUAUCCGCCACUCACAAGUGGAUGUCUGCACCGAGAGUGCAGAUUGCAGGUUGUUCAGCGGCAUGAUCACUUCACUUGGAUAGAUCCUGUAUUCAGAGGUGGAAGAACAGAUUUAAGUAGCGUAGGCCUGUGUGUUUUUGCCGAAGAUCAUGAGCGUGCACGAAUUCAUCAGUUACGGGAUCUCUCCGAAUCCCUUCAAUCCCUUCCAUGGCCAGGUGUCCAGUGGUGUAUGUAUUUAGGAGAAAUUUGUUGUACAUGUGCAGCCCGUUUUUGUUCAGCUUAAUAUAAUUUUGAGUCCUCUGUAUGCAAGCUCCUGUUCCUCGAGCACUAUCAAGACCAUCAUUUCUUUGAGUGGAACUCCUGUCAAAUCUGGAGCGGAUAAGCUUUCCAUGAUCAGGUGAUAAGAAAUGGAUUUUUCUCAGUUUUCCU